UUCAAUUUGAGCAUCUCACCAAGAAUGAAGGGAAUCACGUUACUAGUCUUGGCCUCUAUGGCCGUUUGUUCUCAAUCGGCAGCGGUUGACCUUCUACAAAACCUGUCCUCGUUGGCCUCAGUUUCCACCUUGGCUGGACAAUUGUGGGAAUCCGUCUCUGGAGAUAACUGUGAGAAAAUCAUCGUUCCAGCCGGCCAUGGAGCCUCUCUCUUCACUAGAAAGAAUUGCAAAGGUGACAGAUACGAUGUUCCUUAUGGGGCUAGGAAUAUCCCUAGUGAUCAAAGUGAGCGUCACGAAUCUGCUGUGGUUUUGGCCGACCAUGCCCUCUACCUCUACGACGAGUCUUAUGGCAGCGUGAGUAGUAAGAUCAAGAACUUCUUGCGCAUCAGCAAUAAGAACGUCAAGACCAUCCUUGACUUGGGCAAAGUGGCCAUACUCGCAGCUCCCAAGGACCGAAACCUUUAUGUGAAUAUCAAGGACGGUAGCUCCACCGACAACAAUCUCUCUGAAGACGCCGAAUUUGCCGCCGUGGCUAGGGGAAAUACAGGCAAAUGCCCUGCCGUGCCCGCUCAUGUGGCCGCUAAUACUUACCCAGAAGCUGAUUGCAGUCUCGGUGGUGUGGCUGGUAUUGGUGGAUGGGAUCAACCCUUCCAAGUUCCCAUUACCAACGGCGAGUACGAGUUGGACGACGAGGAUGAGGGCGAGGAAGAUGCCAUCUCUUGUAUCGUGCUCCGUGGUGGCUGCCGCAUGAUCCUGAAGGACACGGCCUUGAUCUCCAAUGACGGGCAGAUUGAAAUCAGCGCUCCCCCUGGCCAGGACAAGAUCUUCAAUUUGGGACGAAGUAAUGAUCCCAAGCUUAAGUCCUUGGACAAGGAUGUCAACGUCGUUGAGGCCUUUUGUGACGGCGAAACGGAAAUUAAUAUUCUCAAAAAUUGAUUAAAUUUGAAUGAUAUUGUUAGCAAUAAACGUGUUUUUGUGACAGAA